AUGAUGGAUGCAAAAAUUGCAGCUUUAUCCAAUAUACAAAAAACAAAUUGGGAUGAUCAACUACCAUUUGUAACAUUUAAUUACAAUACGUCGACACAUUCCCCAACCAAGCAAACUCCAUUUGAAAUGACGUAUGGUCGAACACCAAUAUUACCGCUUGAUUACCAAGAAAAUGAUGUUACAAUUUCACAUGAUAGCGAACACGAGAAAAAACUUAAUCAGUUUUUAACAAAAUUAAAUAAACAAGCAAGAAUUAAUAUUAUUAAAAAUCAAGAACGAUAUAAACAACGUUAUGGUACCAAUCGUUCCGAUCCAUCAUACAAUGUUGGUGAUCUCAUUCUCGUUAAAACACUCAACAUUCAUUCAAAAUUCAAUGCUCGUUAUGAAGGACCAUUCAGAAUUAUAGAAAACCUUAUACCAAAAACAUUUAUUGUACAACACAUCAAGAAACCAAUAUUACACCGUCAAGUUACAACUGAUGUGUUACUUCCAAUUUGUGAACAACAUUUUUAUGCUUCAAAUUAUUCACCAUUUGAACCAUCAUCUUAUGAAUUAAUUUUUAUUAAUUAUAGAACAAUAGAAGAAACAUUAAUUCAAUUAAUUAAAAUUAUUAAUUCAUCUACAUUAUUUAUCAUGGAUACAGAAUCUGUAUAUAAACGUCAUACACGUUCACCAUUUGAUAUCGGGCUGGACCCAAAAUUAGUUAAAUUAAAUUCUAAUGAAUUCGAAUAUCGUCAAUUAAUAACUCAAUAUGCUAGAAAUGAUUGUGAUGCAAUGUAUCAACUUCUUAUUACUAUGGAUGCAAUUAAACAACAAUCACCACAAUCACCAGCGAACGAAGAAGAAACAAAUAAUGAUUUAGAAUUAAUGUUAUUUGACGUCAACGAACAAAACGAACAAGAAUUAUUUGAAGAACAACAAGCUACAAUAACUUCAUCAUCAACAACAAAAGCAACACAUUUUGAAUUACCAAUACCAUCAUCUAAUGAUAAUGAAUCUAUUGAAUGA